AUGCAUCCCACUAUUUCGUUUGUACCAACCGAUGAAGUGCUGGUCACUUGUUACUUGAAACCGUAUUUGAAAGGCAACAAAGACUCAACUAUCACUGUCCCUAUUCACCUAGUGGACAUAUACAAGUCCAACCCUGAAAAUAUUUCAGAGGAAUUUGAGAAGGGUAACGACAAGGAAUGGUUCUUUAUAUCUGAGAGGUACAAGAUGGGGAAAGAUGGAAAAAGAAUGAAUCGUAGAGACAAUACACAAAUAGCGAUUAACGCUGGAGAUAGUGGAAGCGUCAAAGGGGAUUGGUUAAUGCAUGGAUACUGGCUUGAAUCCUCUGUUGAUGAUAUUAACAAUAACGAGAGGGUUAGAGGCGAUCAUGUUCUGUACAAGAUCUAUCUGACUCCACAAGCAGCAAAGAAGAAGAAAGAAGAUGCAGAUUUUAUUGAACUUGUGGAAGCAGGAUUAGAUAAGAUAGAUAAUCAUAUUGAAAAGAGUUGA